AUGAGAAACAUUGACCAGACAGAUUUGGAGGUCAGGCUCGAGCGAGCCGUAUCGGAGUCGACCGACAGCUCCUCGAGACCCGUUUUGGGGGUUUCGAUUUCGCUUGAACCCGAACCACUAACAACAGAUGACACAUUUGACCUCUGGGUUCAUAUCACGUCCAAAAAUAUCGGAGAUUGCGCACUGCCUGAGGUUGGUUUCAUUCGCCACUCGGAUCCUUACAAGCCGGCACACUCAGAUUCUCAAUACCUGCGGAAAUGUAUCAACAAGAUCGACGGCUUUAUCAAGGUGGAAGGCAAAUUGGACACCGAACCCAGUAAUAAGCGCCUGGAUAGACGUUUAUAUGUCUUCAAGAAUGUCAGCAUCAAACAGGAAGGAAAAUUUGAUGUCGUAGUCCUUGGCCAGGCAUACCAGGCUAGGACACGCAAGGGCCACGUUACUAUUGAGAGGCCCACGGCCUCGUUAAGCGAGCCCCGUCAAAUGCUCAGAAUGAACCUCGGUGGUUUUCUGCCAAUUACUGAAUCGACGACAUGGCGGGAUCCCCAAAGUAGCGGUACUACUCAAAACCAGAAAAUUGACGACUGGAGGCACAACAUUGACCCUACAACAGCUGACGCCGUGAAACGGAUACCGGCCAGAGGCAAAUUGCAAUGA